GGCGGCGGCGGCCACCGCGACGGCAAGCACGCCCCAACCGCUGCGUGUGCUUCAAGACGACGGUGCGCUGCAUGGACCUGCGCUUCAACAAAAUACGAGAUAUUCCCGUCAACACGUUCAAGGACCUGAAGAAUCUACACACACUGCUGCUCAACAACAACCACUUGGUACGCCUGCAGAACGGCAUGUUCAACGGCCUGGGCGAGCUGCGGUACAUGUUCCUCUACAAGAAUCGCAUUCGCGACAUCGACAGCAAGGUUUUCAAGGGCGUCCCCAAGCUGGAGCAGCUGUAUCUCCAUUAUAACGAACUUGAAAAGAUCGCGCCUGAAACGUUUUCAGCCAUGGCCACAUUACAGCGAUUAUACCUCCACCACAACAAGAUAGACAGGAUCCCGGGCAUGGCGUUCCUAGAACUGCGGAGCCUAGAGCGACUGUUCCUGCACAACAACAAGAUCCGCACCAUCCCGCCCAGCGCGUUCAGGAACCUGCAGUCGCUGAAACGGAUCCGCCUGGACAACAACCUGCUGGCGUGCGACUGCAACGCGCUGUGGCUGGCGCGGCUGCUGGCGGAGCGCGGCACCCAGGCCGCCGCCACCUGCGCGUCGCCGCCGGAGCUGCAGGGCCGCGUCGUGGCCGAGCUGCGCGAGGCCGACUUCCACUGCAGCAAGCCGCGCAUCGUGAAGGAGCCCGAUGACGUCGAGCUGGACUACGUCGGCCCCGUGUACUUCAAGUGCCAGGCCGAGGGGGACCCGCAGCCGCGCAUCGUGUGGCUCAAGGAAGGCCGCGACGAGAUGAGCCCGUCCGAGCCCGGCUACGAGUUCAUGACGGACGGCACCCUCAUGGUGGAGGCGCCCUCCAUGGACCGCGUCGGCGCGUACGCCUGCGUGGCCAAGAGCGCCAUGGGCGAGGCCAAGUCCCGCGUCGCCCGCCUCGUCACCAGCAAGAGGAGGGAGCGUCCCGACAUCAUCCGGCCGCCGCGCGACUGGCAGGUGGCGCCCGGCGACACGGUGACCCUGGACUGCCGCGCCGUGGGCACGCCGCCGCCCCUCGUGUCCUGGAGCCGCAACGGCCGGCCCGUGGCGCACACGCCGCGCUCGCUGAUCGCCGCCGACGGCACGCUCGUGCUCACGGGGAUGCGGGUGGAGGAGGCCGGCGACUACCGCUGCACGGCCAGCAACAGCGUGGGCUCCGUCAGCGCCUCGGCCACCGUCGUCGUCAACGAGACGAUCACCAUCCCGAGAGUGGCGCCGCGGAUCUCGACGCGGCCCGACAACCUGACGGUCAAGGCGGGCGGCACGGUGCUGCUGCGCUGCCGGGUGGACGGCUCGCCGCGACCAGUCGUGGCGUGGUUCAAGGACGGCCGCAGCGUCACCUCGGCCAGCCCCAGGACCACCAUCUCCAGCACGGGCGAGGAGCUGCGCGUGGAGCACGCCAAGGAGGCCGACGGCGGGCUGUACAUGUGCCGCGCGGACAACGCCGUCGGCACCACCGAGACCACGGCGCGCGUGCAGGUGCUGAGUCAGGCGCAGACGCUGGCGCAGCUGCAGAACCAGGUGCAGAACCAGGAGCCCGCGCAGGCAGCGCAGGCAGGGCAGGCACCCGUCCCGCGGACCCGAGGCCGCGUGCGCCUGGUGCACCACCCGUUCAACAUGGAGGCCAUGGUGGGCACCAGCGUGGAGAUCCCGUGCAGCGCCGAGGCGGACGUCGGGCAGCCCCUGCUGUCGUGGCGCAAGGACGGCCAGAGCGUCACCGUCAGCCCCAGGCUGCGCGUCGGCCGCGUCGGCAGUCUGCGCAUCUACAACGUGACCCUGGAGGACGCCGGCCUCUACGAGUGCACGGCCACGGACGGCGCCGAGGAGGUGUCCGCUAAGGGGCUGCUCGCCGUCAGAGGAGACGGCGCCUCGUCGCCGCGCGGCCCCACCGCCCCCGGAGACCCGUUCGUGCGGCAGGCGCUGAGCGAGGCCAUGCUGGCCGUGGACCGCGCCGUCAACGCCACGCUGUCCGCGUUCCAGCAGGCCGAGCGCAGCCACGCCACGCUGUACCGCGCCAUCCGCUUCCCCGACGCCACCGCCAGGGACGUGGUCCGGCCCGCCGACGUGUUCGAGAAGACCCUCAUCAACAUCCGCAGGCACGUGGAGGCCGGCACCAAGAUGAACGUCACGCAGGACUUCAACUACACGGAGCUGCUGUCCCCCAAGCAGCUGCAGCUGGUGGCCAACCUGUCGGGCUGCAUGGCGCACCGGCCCACUGUGGACUGCUCCGACAUGUGCUUCCACCUCAAGUACCGCACGGUGGACGGCACCUGCAACAACCUGCAGCACCCCAUGUGGGGCGCGUCGCUGACGGGCUUCCGGCGCGUGCUGCGCCCGCAGUACGAGAACGGCCUGAGCACGCCCAUCGGCUGGAACAAGAACAUGCGCUACUUCGGCUUCCCCAAGCCGUCGGCGCGCCUCGUGUCCACCAGCAUCAUCAAGACGGACGCCAUCACGCCCGACCCCAGCAUCACGCACAUGGUCAUGCAGUGGGGGCAGUUCCUGGACCACGACCUGGACCACGCCAUCCCGUCCGAGACGAGCACCAGCUGGGACGGCAUCGACUGCAAGAAGUCCUGCGAGUACGCCGCGCCCUGCUACCCCAUCGAGGUGCCGCCCAACGACCCGCGCGUCAACAACAGGCGCUGCAUCGACUUCAUCCGCAGCAGCGCCAUCUGCGGCUCGGGCCAGACGUCCGUGCUGUUCGACGGCAUGCAGCCCCGCGAGCAGAUCAACCAGCUCACCGCCUUCGUGGACGCCUCGCAGGUGUACGGCUUCUCGGACGAGCAGGCGCGCGGCCUGCGCAACCUCACCAACGACCUGGGCCGGCUGCGCGAGGGCUCCGCCUACAACUACAGCAGCAAGCCGUACCUGCCGUUCCCCAACCCGGGCGAGGCCAUGGACUGCCGCCGCGACCCCGCCGAGUCCGACAUCCGCUGCUUCCUGGCCGGCGACAUCCGCGCCAACGAGCAGGUGGGGCUGCUGGCCAUGCACACGCUGUGGUUCCGCGAGCACAACCGCGUGGCGGACGAGCUGCGGCGCGUCAACCCGCACUGGGACGGCGACACGCUGUACCACGAGGCCAGGAAGAUCGUGGGCGCGCAGGUGCAGCACAUCACGUUCCAGCACUGGCUGCCCACCGUGCUGGGCCCCAGGGGCAUGGAGAUGAUGGGCCCCUACCAGGGCUACGACCCCAACGUCAACCCUGGCAUCUCCAACGCGUUCGCCACCGCGGCGCUGCGCUUCGGCCACUCGCUCAUCAACCCGCAGCUGCACCGCCUCAACGAGUCCUUCAUGCCCAUCCCGGAGGGCCACCUGCCCCUGGGCAAGGCCUUCUUCUCGCCCUGGAGGCUGGUGGUGGAGGGCGGCGUGGACCCGCUGUUCCGCGGCCUGGUGCACACGCCGGCCAAGCUCAAGACCCCCAGCCAGAACCUGAACGCCGAGCUGACGGAGCAGCUGUUCACGGUGGCGCACGCCGUGGCCCUGGACCUGGCCGCCAUCAACAUCCAGCGCGGCCGCGACCACGGCCUGCCCGAGUACAACGCGUACCGCGCCAAGUGCGGGCUGCGCGUGGCCGAGACCUUCGACGACCUCCGCGAGCACAUCAGCAGCCAGGCCGUGCGGGACAAGCUGCAGGAGAUGUACGGGCACCCGGGCAACCUGGACCUGUGGGUCGGCGGCAUCCUGGAGGACCAGGUGGACGGCGCCAAGGUGGGCCCCACCUUCCGCUGCCUGCUGGUGGAGCAGUUCAAGCGGCUGCGCGACGGCGACAGGUUCUACUACGAGAACCCCGCCGUCUUCAAGCCGGAGCAGCUGACGCAGAUCAAGCAGGCCACGCUGGCGCGCGUGCUGUGCGACAACGGGGACCAGCUGACACGCAUGCAGCGCGACGUCUUCUACCUGGAGAAGGAGGACAACUUGCUGAGCUGCGAGUCCUGGGACAUCCCCCGGAUGGAGUUCCGCUUCUGGGCCGAGUGCUGCCAGGACUGCAGGUCGGCCGGCCAGUUCGGCAGCCUGGGCCGCACGUUCUACCGCGGGGUGCGUCGAUACCGCCGCGAGCUCAACGACCCCAAGGCGGCCGAGUGGCAGAACGAGGACGACGACGCGCUGAACGCGGCCCUGGACCUGGGCCUGGGCGACGACCUGGGCGAGGAGCGCAUCGAGGGCCUGGAGACGGCCAUCGAGGGCUUCCAGAAGGCGGUGCGCCAGCUGCGGAGGAAGCUGCGCCGCCUGGAGGGCCGCUGCGGCAGCAACCGCCUGGACCACCGGGACCGCGAGGACCGCGACGACCGCGAGGACCGCGACGACCAGGACGGCUGCCUGGAGGAGGCCGGCGGGCUGCGGAGGCACGACGGCGAGGAGUGGCAGCGCGACCCCUGCACCCGCUGCGCCUGCAAGGGCGACGUCAUCAAGUGCACGCCUGUGCAGUGCCCCUCGCUGACGUGCGCGGACGCCGUCAAGGCCCCCGGCGAGUGCUGCGCCAAGUGCCCCGCGACGCCGUGAGCGUCGCGAGGGAUGGCCGCGACCACGCCGACGGCGCCGACGGCCACCACGCGGCCGAGAGCAUGAUCCAAGACGACGCCUGGGCGGCGGCAUGGCGGCGGUGCUGCCACCACGCCACCCCAGCGCUAGCCGGUGUCUUCUCAAAGCAGGACUGUCUCACCCGAGCACAGGCCUGCAACACCGCCCACCUCCUCUAGCCACGCUAAUUGUGGCUCUUCCCUUCCGCAUCCUCACCCUGUCUCUCGACGGGUUAUUUUUCACGUUUCGUCUGUUUAAUGGAAAUUUGUUCGUCUGUUUGAUGUUUUGUGAAUGUUUUGUUGUUACACACUGGAAUGCUGAUGUAAAAUUUUAUGAGUACUUACGAGCGAUUUGAAACAGUCUCAGACACACUGCCUUCUAUGAAUGUGAGCCUGUUGCGCACAAUUUAGAUUUUUCGAUUUUUCGUAUUUUGUUGUUUGUUUUUAAGUCAGAUUUCGUACUUACUGUGUUGUAUUCUCGAGCGGUACGCACAAACUAUAUCACACGGACUGAAAGUUUCAAAACAAUAAUUACGUCUUUAAAACAAAGGAACAUUGUUGCGACCGAUACUGAGGGGCUGCUUCGGAAAGGGCAAAUGCCUCUCAGAAUCAGCUUCUUCGCCGAAGAGCGAACGUAGUUUUUCCGACUCGAGCGCCGCGGGGGCGUUUUAGUGAGGAAAGGACACAUUCCUGUAGCUAUAUCCA